AUGGCCACUUCUUUACAUUUGGAUCAACAUGGAGCUAAAAAAUUCAAAGCAAAUGGUUAUGUUUUUAAUAGUCAACCGAAUCAUCGUAUUAGUAAUAAAGUUUGUCAAGAUACAAUCGGUGAUGGAAGUAGAGAAGUUGAAGAUGAGGACUUUAUGAAGCAGAGUAGUGAAUCAUCAUCAUCUAGUGACGAUGAAUGGUGUCAUGAAGAGCUGAGUGAUAUUCUUGCCAAAAGAGAAGCGUUUUUCAGCUCAAAAUGUAAGUAUAGAGAAGGGGUUACUCGUCCAAAAGAUGCAAGUCAAUGUAUGAAGUGUAACAAAGGUGGGCGGUUAUUAGUUUGCAGUUUUGAUACUUGCUCGUUUGUGUUUCACAAGAAGUGUUUGGCCUCUAAAGCACCCUUCCUCUGUGAUUCUUCCGGAAAAUUCUGUUGCCCUUUUUGUAUACAUUCUCAAUCAAUAUCAGACUAUUGGGUAGCCAAGAAAAAGGUGUCUUUAGAACGGAAUUACUUGGCCUCCUUCACGAAAAGAAAUACCAAUAAAGCUGAAUCUCAAAUACAAAACAAAGUUGUACCUUUUGGUUUAGUUAAUGAAAGCUCUGAAAGUAUUGUUAGUGAGAGAUGCUAUGCAAGGAAUAAUUUGGGCUCUUUUAACAAAAGAAACAGCAAUAAUAAUGCUGAUACUCAAAUACCAAAUGAAGCUGCAAAUUUUGGUUUGGCUGAUAGAAGCUCGGAAAGUGAAGGUAGAGAGCCAUCCAAUGAAGGAAGUUCAGAAGAAACAAGUUCCAUGGAUAGUGCAGUAAGAUUGAGAAAGCAAAAGAAGCCAUGGUAUGUUCCUCGAAGCAGACGAAUUUCAGUACCGUGGACAAGGGUAGAGGAAGAAACACUAAAGAAAUGGGUGUAUAAGUUUACCUAUAAUGGCAUUCCUGAAAGACGUUUUCCCUGGAGAAAAAUCUUGGAUCUUGCAGCUUCUAAAUUUCAAAAAGGUCGUACACCCAUUGACCUCAAAGAUAAGUGGAGGAACAUGAUGAAUGCAAGUAACAAGUCGAAAUGAAGUUUAAAUCUGGUAUUUAAUUGAGCUCCAUGUUUAUUUAUAUGUUUAUAUUAUGCCGACUCUAUAUAUUAUGUAAGUUUUUUAUUUUCCCAAAUAUUUUGUAAGUUAUGGUUUAAAGAGCGAUUUUUAGGCCUACUGUAACCCAUG